AUGAAGAAUAGAAAGAGCGGUGGCGACUUCGACGAGUACGAUCCGACGCCGUACGGCGGAGGAUACGAUCUCAGCCUCACCUUCGGGCGCCCCCUCCCGCCGUCGGAGGAGAUCUGCUAUCCCAUCUCCUCUGGUGCCUCCGGCGUCGACUACGAGAGACCUCACUACUCCUCCGGCUCCGUCCCCUCCGCCUAUGAAGCUGACUACGGGGACCCCUACGGUCGCUCGAGGCCCAAGCCGCAGCCGGCCUACGGCUUCCGACCCCAGCAGGAGGUCGAGGAAGGAGGAGUAGGCGAUUUCGGCGCCUACGGUGGUGGCAGGCGCCCCCAGCCUAGACCUGAGUAUGGCGACUACGGAUCCGAGUAUGGUGGGAGGCCCAAGCGCGACGAAGAACCUUCAUACGGAUACGAGGGCUACGGAUCUUACCAGACCGACGAGUAUGGCUGCGGGGCGCAACCAACAUAUGAGAGCCCCGUUUACGGCGGCGAAGAGGAGACCGGAGGGUAUAGUAGGCCGAGCAGAUAUGACCCAGAUCAAGGUGAAGGAUAUCGCCGCCCUAAUUAUGGUGAUGAUUCUGAUGAGGAAAAGAAUCACAACUAUGGUAAGAAUCACCAUCACCGCAACUAUGCUGAUGAUGAAUGA